AUGAGCUCUACUAUGCGAACCUCCAGCGACAGCGAGCGCUUGUCUCUCCAUCCCUCUUCUACUUCAUCUCCUCCUCUUAUAUGCCCUCAGGUACACUCUGUCCCACUUUCUGAGCUGCCUACCCCGCCCAAGUCAUCUCCGAGUGACUCCGAGAUCAAGAGAGAGGCUCAAGAGUUCUACAAACGUCUACAAGAUCUUCACAGCCCCGAGUGGAUUGGUGAGGAGGGUAAUCAGGAGUUCUUCCGCGUAACACCUGCAGUCUGGCUCGCACUGCAAGAUGAAAUCUUGUUGAACAACGACAAGUUCAGUUGCCACUACGACGCUAAGGAAGAGUGCUUGGAGGUCAAGAUGCCCAGCGAAAUUCACGAGAGUGUCAAGGGUCAUUUCGUGACCGCUAUCUGGGACAAGCUGUGCGCGAUGAAAGAAAGAGCCCCUGCGAACUCAGCAGUACGAGAGAUCAUUAGCAGCAUCAAGUAUCAAGGCGAGCUAGCCGGGAAAGCAUCUGGCGAAGACAAACGUCGCCCCGAUGUUGCUUUUGUCUCCGGACAGCGGCGAAAACCUUCACUUGUCGUCGAGAUUGGGCACAGCCAAAACGGAGCCACCGAAUUCAACCCGAUAGCUGAUAAGUACAUCGGCGGCAGUAAAGGUCGGAUCAGAACCAUGAUAGGCCUUGACAUCGAAUAUCGUACUCCUGACUCGCGAGAGAGGCUUCGCACUACGAAGAGAUGGGCUACCUACCAGAUAUAUCGAAGCCGCAUCAACAAGAAAGGCCGGCUGUACCCUCACACCACCAAAGAACCGGUUGUUUUCCAGAAUGUGCAUGGUGUCGUUAACCCUCGCGCUAAGUUCCGGCUCGAUCUGGCCGAUUUCAUUCAGUCUGACGCCGGUAAAUUCCCCCAGUACCGCAUCGAGAUUUCCCACCAAGAAUUGUGCGACAUCAUCGCAAAAGGAGACGAAACACAGGAUGAUUACGACGAAACCGAUUGCGAGGACAACGCGUCACUUGAAUACUCCCCGAUCCACAAAGGAUCGCCUGCCAUCGACGACAAUGACCGUAGUUCUUCCAGUAUCGAGGCGAAAGGUGAUAAGGACACCGCCUACGUUGGAAAGCGUGCGCGUCACACCAGCGACGACGCAACAUCAGUUAGCAAGCGGCGGACACGUAGUAGCGGCGCACCUACUAGCGAAAACGCAACUCCGGUUGGUGCGCGACAAACCCGCAACAGCAAGAGAGGUCGAGCGGCGAGCGGACGGAAUGGUAGCGGUGUCGCCGCAAAGCGCACAAAAACCAAGAAACGCUAG